CACGCUCUCAUCCCCUCCACGCCGCCGCCACCCGACCCGCGCCGCCGGACCGCGUCGACGCUCCCUCGCCGCUGGGGUUAAGGCGAUCAUCGAUCGAUCGAGUUUCUGUGCACAAUCGUGGCGCUGCUGUACUUCACCUUCGGCGAGGUGGACCUCUGCCACAUCUCGCUCCCGUCCUUACCCGUCUCCGGCUCGUCCCCCUUCCGCGCGGCUGCCGUGGCGGCGCCCUUCGUGGAGCGGCGCGGGGCUUCUUUCUAUUAUCUAGCAUGCCCUCCGCCACAUCGAGUUUCAGUGAAGAUUUGUUCUCAAGUUGAUCUGUGCAAUCCAGACCAACGCUGGAAAGGCGGUGCAGUGUCUUUACACACUCGCUCAACUCGGACGGCUUGUACUGCGUGUAGUGAGCAAGCGUGGAGUUCUACUUCCAGAUGUAACGAGUGUCGUCAGCCACCAAGACAGCAUCAUUCUCAUCAGGCAACAACUGCUACACAAAGAAGAUAUGAUGCCAACCUACCCAAGGAUACUUCGUUGGCUGGAGUACAAAUCUCGCCAAGAAAAUAGCUGAGGCAGCGAUUAGUGAUGGAGAGUAAGACAGAAGACUGUACUCCAGCAGGGAUAGCUCAGCGAUGUAAUUGGCCAGGAACUCCAGAUGCAGAGCAGGAUCCUGUACAAACAAAGAGUAGGGGCAUUAUCACAGAAUCCCUGCCUGCCACAUAUACAUGUAAUUCCUGGCAGCAGUACCUCAUCACACGCCUGCAUCCGUGUCCAAGACUCCAACUAUCAUACGCCUGCAUCCUGUACAAAAAAAUUGUUGGAUACUUGAAUACUUGAAUCCAAGCUGCCAAGUUGGAUACUUGAAUCCAAGCUGUAUUCUUACACCUGCAAAAGACUCCAACUAUCAUUCUUGUGUCAAAAAAAUUGUUGAACCGGACACCCAUGUCCACAUCCAAGCAGCACUGGUUUAGCAUCCUUGUCCUCUACAACUCCAUUUGGACAACAUUCAUUUAUGGGAUGAUGGUUCGUUUCAUUAUGAUCAAGAUUUAUUUAACAGCAAAAUUACAGUAUAUUGAAUGAAGUUGAUAUCAAGCGGCGCCAAGAGGAUGACAUAAAUAGGGUUUCAACUGUUCUUUCAAUUUCCAAACCAGAGGCAUGUGUCUUCUCCGCAACUAUAACUGGAGUGUUAGUAAGGUGCAUGACGAAUGGUUUGCUGAUGAAGAGCGUGUUCGGAAGGUGGUUGGUUUACCAGAGAAGCAUAUUGAAAUGCCAAAUGACAGAGAAAAUAUGCACCAGGGCUAUCCCAAAGAAACACUGGUGCAUUUCCUUAAGGCUAGAGAGUGGAAUGUAGCAAAGGCUCAUAAAAUGAUUGUAGAAUGUUUGAAUUGGAGGAUUCAAAAUGAAAUUGAUAGUGUGCUGGAGAGGCCUAUAGCCCCAGUAGAUUUAUACAGAUCAAUAUGUGAUUCACAACUUAUUGGCCUGUCAGGAUACACAAAGGAGGGUCUCCCAAUUUUUGGCAUUGGUGUUGGGCAUAGCACAUAUGACAAAGCUUCGGUAAUUACUCUGAUGCUUGCUAUUUGUUUGGUAGGCUACAACUACAGCCAAAAUCAUAAAAGUGUCUGGUUUGAAGCUAUCAGCACUAAGCCAAAUAAAGGAUUCCGGCUCUCAUCAAGUGACUCCCCCUCACGUUGACUUUGCGGAUGUCUCAAUUCUAGUGGUGGAGCUACGAACAACAAUCCGAUGUCCUGAUCGAGAGCGAUGGAGUUAAUGUUUGAACUUGUGUGUUUGAACUUGUGAACUAAAAAUGUGAACUAUGUAUGUGAACUUGUGUGAAUUUGUGAACUUAUGUAUUUGGACUUAUGUGAAUUUGUGAACUUAUAUAUUUGGACUUGUGUGAGUUUGUGAUAUGAACAUAUAUCAAUGUGUUUGAAAUCUGUAUUGUAUGUGAUAUAUUGUGUUGCAUGUG